GUGGUGACGCGGCUCUGACUUCCGGGACUAGAAAGUAUGGUAGGGAAAAUAAAGCAUGUUCGGCAGAAGCUGCAUGUGGCGGCUGUUAGAGUUGAUUCAUCGGGAGAAAAUGCCCCUGUGGCCCCGGACUACAAGCUUCCCGGCGCCGCCGAGGUGGUGGCUCCGCUGUCCUGGGGCAAGCCGAUGGGAGGAAAGGACUGGGCAUUAGUUUCUUCAGAUAUCUUCGCAUCAACUAAGAUUGAGCCUGAAAAUUUGACUCAAAAGUUAGAAGUGGAAACAAAGAGUUCAGUUCCUGUCAAAAAAGAAGAGAAAAUAAUUCUGUCCAAGAAGGAAAAAACGAAGCAAAGGCGAGAAAAAUGGUUAGAGAAAAUCGAGUCCUUGAAACUGGCUCAGCAGGAAAAAAAAGCACAGGCCAAGAGAAAAGCUACACCAGUCGUUGGGGACCUGCAAGCCCUCGUAGAUGCCUUACCCGAACUGUCAGAACUCACCUCUGCUAGCAGACCCAAAGCGCCUAGGAAGCAGCCUAAGGAGGCUGUAAGGAAGAAGAAGCCAGAGCCAACUGAUUACAGCAAGAUGAGGCCUGGACAGAAACGCAAAAUUAUAGAAGAAGAAAUUUCUCGUUUUCAGGAGGUGGUCAAAAGCCCUUCCUACAAGGCCAACCCACUAUCUGCUGUGACUGAGCACCUAAUGAAACGAAUGAAGGCAGAGCAGGAGGGUCCUAGCUAACCUCCGACAGUGCUGCACAGUUCACCCAGACCUGAAAUCUAACUGAAGAAUCUAAAGAAGUUCCAGGCCAAGGGAUAAACAAUAUGUCAACUUAUAUUAAAAGACAGGCUACAUCGGGUAAACUCUAAUGAAGUGCACUGGAAUUUCAGUAAUGUGUAUUGUCAAAAACAUCUGGCUGCUGUUGACAAGGAUUGCCGUAUGCUGAAUCCAGUGAAAUAUGUAUGAGAUGAACGCUCUCCAUGUGCUUUACAUUUGAGAGUUGGAUCAAGGUAGAAAUAAGUCCAUUUGAUAUUGCUUGCAUCAGUUGUUCUUGGUUUGAGUACAAAGAAACCCUUCUGCCCAACGUAUGUAAGACCUAAUUGUAUUGGAUUUGACUAUUUGCAUUAUUGAAUAAAUCUUAAAACUACAAAUGUUAUUUAAUGUCCAUGAACUGCAAGUUCUUAGCCAAAUGCAUGCAAGACUUCAGGUCUAACGUACAGGAGAACCCUGCGCUCCUACUGAGAGUUGAAGGAAAUAUUUCAUUUUGUAAAUUCUGUGAUCCAUUGGGCAACCAAUUAGCAAAUUUAGGAAAGUAAUUUAAUAAAUUUGUACUAUAUGAAUCUGA